UCACCGGAAGUAGACUGUGGGCUUUAGUUUCGUUUCUGGGCUGUCAGUCGGCUCGGAGCCGGAAGUGGUGCUGGUGACAGAGGGAGAAGGUGUGUGCGCGCCAUGGCGGGACUCAGCGCCCGGGAGAAGGAGGGGUGCCGCCGGCUGCUGGAGGGACUGGACACGGCGGAGCUCUUUUCUGUGGCGGAGACGGUCACCAACCGGCUUAUCUGUGUGUACAACCGGGAAGAGGCCAUCGAUGCUAUACUAGUCUACAGCAAGGAUGCUAAAGAGCUCUUGAAGAGGCGGAAAGUUCACCGAGAUGCAAUUUUUAAAUACCUGGCUGCUGAAAAACUUGCAGUGCCACCAUCUAGUGAGAAGAGUCAGCUGAUCCAAUAUGCGAUCGAUCACUGGGCAGGACCGAGAGUUGACAAGGCAUCAGUCCCUGAAAAGAAGGGCCAAGAAGCAGAGCCCCAUCCGGAGUCAACUGACUUUAAUUUACUUGGUGAAAAGUUUUGUGAGUGGUUCUAUGUUCUCCUGAACUCCCAGAAUCCUUCCUUUGGACAAGUAAAGGGAGAGUGGGGACCUCAGCACUUCUGGGAGAAUGCCAUACUAAGGUUUGCCUAUAAUGCAGCAGAGCAAGCUCUAGAAGAACACAAUGGCUCCCAGAUGGCGAGUCUCCGCCUGCUUGCACUUACACGAGAUGAGAGACUGAUAUUUAGUCCUAGUACUGACAGAAAAGGAUUAAAAUGUGUGUCUUCUCCGCAUGGCCUGGUAGUGGUGGCAGUUGCUGGUACAAUCCAAAGGGACGGGGCCUGUUUGGGAAUAUUUGAACAGAUCUUUGGACUAAUACGCUGUCCGAUUGGUAAAAAUUGGAAGAUCAAGCAUGUGGAUCUGAAGGUCUUGGGGCAAAACUCUCUGAGCUCUGAGCAGACAAAAUGUUUGCCUUCUAUUACCUAUGAGACUAAGGACUUGGAAGUCUUCUUUUCUGAGUCUGCUAAUGACUGAUGGUUUGAACUGUUUAUGGAAAACAAAUGGUUUUAUAUUUCCAGCAAUUUCUCUGCUGGCCUGUGAUGUUUUUUCAGUUCUAAUGAAACACAGAUCAGCAGAGAGUCAAAUUGAGGAUAAUGAUGUACACGCUACUCACUUUAAUUGCCUUUAAUCCCAAAAAUAUGUAAAAGUGCUACUAAUGUUAUAUACAGUGUGUUAUAUAAAGUGUUAAAUACAUAAAGGUAUUCACAUUUGCUAUCAAGUCGGAGAUGGUUGUAUAUUAUCAGGCAUUUUAGACUAAUGCUGGCCAUACUCUGAAUUGGCCGAAAUUUGAGCCACGGGGGUGCGCCUGCCGGCAUCGCCCAACUCAACCAAACUUCAAUCUGAUAAAUCAAAGGAGAUGGGUGAAAAAAAUUCCAGGCUGAAUGGUGCCAAUCAGAUACAGUCACUGUUGUGCUCUGUGUGUGAGUGAACUACAAGCCCUGACAUACUUCUGCUGGCUUGUAGUUCAUUGAGUCUUCCUGACGGUGUGAAACUGCCUGUAUGAUGUACGGGAAGACGGCUCACACGUACAGUCUGCAGGAGAUCCGCUGAUCACUGCUGCAAUGCUUUACAGGCUCCUAAGAAGAAAAAAAUAGAUGCACAUUUUUCUUUUUCUUGUUUACCUGCAAAAAAUGUGUAAUUAUUUUUUAUUUUAUUUUUUAAAGUGAACUUAUCCUUUAAUUCAUCAAAUCGCAAAGACAUGCCUAGUUUUUACAGACUUGCUAGCAUGAAAGUAUUGCAGAAGAGACGUCAGCAUAGUAUAAUUUGCAAUACAAACCUUCCUGCAAUUUUGUUUUUUUUACUGAGGUUCCAUUUUAAAGCGGUAUUGAACCCAAAAACAAAAAUGUCACAUAUUGCAGCUUGCCAAUCAUUCUAUGUGGUGGCUGCAUUAUUUUUUUAUUUCUGUUUUCUCCUGGUGAUCUGGCCAGUACCUUGAAUUUAUCAGCAGCAUUGUCCAUCUGAUGGGGACUGUUAAAUGUAUUAGCAGAUUUAAAUACCCUAACAAAUUGAAGCCAAAUUCCAGCUCACACUUUAAAGUCAGUUAAA